AUGAACUCCAACCCCCAACAGACCCUGCUGUUGAGCCAGGUGCCUUGCCUCGGAACAGAGGUCAAGGGAAAGUCGACGACAAAUGCAUACCACGAGGUCAAGACUUACCUCAACUGCCGACUGGACGAUGAAGAUGCCAUCUUGAGCGCAUUUGCUCGAUUCAUCGCAGGAAUCGCCGACACCACUCAGCCGUACUUCCAUGCUCAACUCCCCGGAGGCGGCUGGCUCGUGAAUUGCGAGAGUGCAUUUGCGGCCACGGCGGAUUCGAAGCCUAAUUCGCUGGAGCUUCGGAAGCAAGACGUUCAAGGCCUGCAGGGCGAUUACUUUUGCAUCUCCGUAUCAAAAGGUGGAAUUGCCGCGGGCGUCUCGCAGCCCUCGGGCGCACUCCAUCUCACUGUCGCCCCAGAUGGCGACGUGUCUGCAGCCGGCUUGACUUUGAGGCUGCGUAUCAGCCACGGUCCGCUGGACGCUGCAACGCAUCUGCUCAAGUUAAUAGCAUCGCUGUUAAAGCUAAGCAGCCCUCAGCCUACAUUGUUGAGUCGCUUCAAUGUCGGCAUCGGACUCGAGUCACAAGGACAGCUCGGCCUCGGCCAGUCAAUCAAUCAACUACUGACCAGUGGCAUCGGUGGUGACGAUGCAUCUCUUGUUCAGACCGCUUUCGAGAGACAAGUUCAAAGUCGGCCAGACAACAUCCUUAUAGAGUACAUGUAUCGCGAUGAAGAGUCGUCACUCGAGUGCUCGCAACACCUGACGUACAAGGAUGUGGACGUUCGAGCUACGGCGCUGGCAGAACAGCUCGUGGAAAUCGAGCGGUAUGCCGACUGGCAGCCCAUGAUUGAGCAGCAGCGUGCCGUGCCAGUACUACUGCCCACAUGCCCUGAGCUCAUAAUUGCCAUUCUGGGAAUAUUGAAAGCCGGGUAUGCCGCCUGCCCUCUGGCUCUGGAUCGACCUGCUGAGAGCUUGCAAGAGGUUCUAGACGAUCUCAACGCCGUGCCGGUCAUUGGCCUUGGGAAGAAUCCCCUGCCAAUGGCUAAGCGGGGCAGCAACAACUCACGACAGUCCUCCUCCGGCACCUUCAUCUGGAUUGACAUGGACAAUGUGAGCGGGUGGAGGACCGGCCGGAUCUCCACGGCGUCCAUCCCGCGACCGUUGUCGGCGCCGGCAGCCAGCGACGUCGCGUACGUCAUCUUCACCAGCGGCUCGACGGGCAAGCCCAAGGGCGUCCUCGUGCCGCACAGCGCAAUGGUGGCCUCCAUCUCCAACUUUGCCCGCCGCGUCGCGCACCUGCCCACCGGCCCGCGCCUGCGGUGGUUCAUCAUGAACCUCCCCAGCUUCGACGCCUACCAGCUCGACGUGCUGCACGUCAUCCUGCGCGGCGGCACGCUGUGCAUGGCCGAGCGGAACCUCGUGCUCACGGACGUCGAGGGCACCAUCGACCGGCUGCGCGCGACGGCCACGACGACCGUGUCCAGCCUGGCCGUCAUCCUACGCCCGGAAAAGGUCCCGACGCUGCAGACCAUCGUCGCGGGCGGCGAGAUGCUGCACCAGCAAGUGGUCGACAAUUUCGGUCAGAGGGAUGCCCCGGCGAGGGGGAAGAAGCGAGGCCAGCAAACCCGCCAUCUCAUCAACGGCUACGGCCCGACGGAAACCGCCAUCGUCGUGGCGACGGAGGACAUCUCCGUCACGACGCGCGGUAGCAUCAUCGGAAGCGCCCUGCCGAGCGCCAUCAUCGUCAUCAUCGACCCGCAGUCGGAAUCCGCGCAGGAGCUGCCCGCCGGUGUCGCCGGCGAGCUCGCCAUCGGCGGGCCGCAGCUCAGCCGGGGCUAUCUCAACCGACCGGUGGAAACUGCGCAGGCGUUCGUCACGCACGACAUCCUGGGUCGGCUGUAUCGCACCGGAGACAAGGCGCGGGUGGUGUGGACCGGCGACGGGGAGCGCAAGAUCGAGAUCCUCGGCCGGCUCACGCUGGACCAGGUCAAGAUCAACGGCCGCCGCAUGGAGCUGGGCGAGGUCGAGUCGUGCCUGCUCAACGUGGCCCAGGUGCGCGAGGCGGCUGUCGUGGUCGUGCAGAACAGCAUGCUGGCUGCGUUCCUGGUGCUCCGUCAGGACGGCGGCGGGGAUGCGGUCAAGCUUGCGUGCAAGCAGCAGGCGAGCAGUCAGCUUGCGCCCUGGAUGUGUCCGGCGAGCUACCAUGUGGUGUCAAGCUUGCCGAGAACCCCGAAUGACAAGGUUGACAGGAGGAAGCUGACGCGUUCCAUGGAAGAGAUGGGUGUGGUCAAGGAUGAACAGCCGCCUCUACCCCAGGCACCUCUGCCCCAGGCGCCCCUGCCACAAACUCAUCAUCCAAAUAAGAUUCUUAACGGGGACAGCUUGGCGGAUGAGAACAACGGAAUCAGCAGGACAAGAGCUUUGAAUGGCAACGAGACUCCCAUGAAAGUAAGCGCUCUCAAUGGGAUAGAGCGCAUUGAGCAUACCGAGCCGUCCCAACCAGCCGCUGCUGCAGAGCCACGGACGUCCUUCAUCUCAUCCAGCACACAACCAGGCAAGAGCACGGAGGAGACUGCGGUGGAUUUGGUUUACAAAGGCCUCGCUGCAGCCGUAGGAGAGGGCGUGCGCAGUCAUCCUCAAGAGACGCCGAUAUCCAACAUUGGGCUGGACAGCAUCCGCGCCAUGACGUUUCUGCGCACACUGCGAGCCAACGGCGUCACGGGCUUGGCCAUACUGGAUGUCUUGUCCGCGGGAAACAUUAGCGAUGUCAUAACCAAACUCCGGACAGUCCUGAUUCAAGAGUCACUGAACGGAGUCUUUGGUUCAGAGAGGCCAACGAGCGUCGCUGGUACAGCUCGCAAUAGCAUGUCGCCUUCGGACGCGGGCGGCGUCAGAGAUGCAACAGCCACCAAGGGUCAUGAUGCCAGCGAGUAUACAGCAGGAGACCGUCUUUCCAAAAUCAUGACUCCCGAUGCUACCCCUCCAGAUGGAAAUUCCGUCGCGUCUCUCACAGAGAACCUCAAGUCCAUCCCCUUGGACGACGAAGACGCCAUCUACGAGCUCAGCCCCCAGGCCAAGAUCUGGCACUACAACUACCACUGCCGCGGCACCUGCGCCCAGGCGCUGAACCUGCGAGAGCAGGACAUCGAGCAGGUCCUCCCCGCGACGGGCAUCCAGAUGCGCCUGCUGCACCUGGCCACCGAUCCCACCUACAGCGACCCGCAGCGCUACCAGGGCAAGCCGCAAGUCGACCACGUCGUGUACCGGGUGCCCCCCGGCAUGGACGCGGCCCGGCUGCAGCGCGCCAUCGAGACCGUCGUCAGCCGGCACGAGAUCUUCCGGACCCUCUUCGCGCCGACCAAGCACCCGCUGGCCGAGUUCGCGCAGGUUGUGCUCGUCGCGGACUCGCCGCGCGCGGCGCUGCAGACGCGCACCCUCUACGUGGAGGGCCCCGGCGACGACAACGGCGCCGAGUGGAAGCAGAAGCUGGCCGUUGCGCAGGAGGACGCGGAGCGGUCGCUGGCGCUGGACACGCCGUCGAUCCGCGUGGCGUACGUGCAGUCGCUGGACGAGCGGCGGUGCGUGGUCGUCUUCUCGCUGUUCCACGCCGUCUACGACGGCGUGGCGUUCCGGCUGCUGCGCGCCGCGGUGGCCGCCGAGUACGCGGGCGCGGAGCUGGCCGGCGGCGGCCUGCUCCCGUUCCGCGCGGCGGUCGAGCGCCACCUCGAGGCCGACUGGCUCGAGACCAUCCUCUUCCUCAUGUCGCGGUACGCCAACGUGCCCGCGUUCCGCACGGGACGGCUGCGCCCGCGCGCCUCGCUGACGCGCGAGUACGACGAUCUGCACUACCGGCUGUACCCGUCCGUCUCGCACAUGCGGCGCUUCUCCAUCCGCUCGCGCGUCACGCUCGACGAUCUGAUGGGCCGGACAAGGUCCUCGGGCCUGCCCAUGUCCGGCCAGGCGGUCGCGCAGGCCGCGUGGGCCAAGAUGCUGAGCCAGACGCAGCGCGCGGGCAGCCCGCAGGCGGACGCGCAGGGCGGCGCGCCGACGUACGUCGAGUUCACCACGGCCGUCCACGGACGCUACUCGGACGAGGCCCGGCGGACCAUGGGCCCGCUGCUGGCCGGCCUCCCGAUGAUGGUGCCCAUCUCGGACAUUCGCGCGCAGAGCAGGACCAACAGGGACGUCUGCAACGCGCUCGCCGUGCAGCACCAGCAGCUGCUCCGGCACAUGGCCAUGCCCUGCCCCAACGUGGAGAUGGCCCAGGUCGGCAUGGACCGGGCGGACACGGGGCUCGUGCUGCAGAUCCACGACCUGGAGGACGAGGACGGCGGUGACGCGCGGACGAGGCUGCCGGACUUGCCGCUCUUCCACCACGACCAGAACGUGCUGCCUCCGUACAAGCCGCUCGACACGGGCUUCGUCAUCAUGGUCGAGGUGUGGCCGGGAGUCGCGGGCGGCGACGACAACUUGACGCUCAUCUGCAGCUACAACAGCCAGCGCCCAGGCUACGACUUUUUGUCCCGCUCUUGGGUGCUCAGUGCGGUGGUGAGCUUUGAUGAGGCGAUGGCUGAUAUCCUUGAGAACCCCGAGUCCUCCUUUUGUGCAGGCCCGGUUCUUGUAAAUGGCCAUGAAUGA